AUGAAGGCCGCCUUCCUGCUGCUCGUCCUCUGCGUUUCGGCGGCCAUGGCCGUCGAGGCGGAACCGCACGCUGCGCUGGCCAGGAAACUGCUGGACAAGAAGGAUAUCACGUACUGCGAUGGCAAGCACGACGACUACUCGUGCACUGACUACGAGUACUGCGCGGACCUGGGCUACUCCAAGUGCUAUCCCAAGCAGAAGUGCGACGACUACUGCAAGAGACAUGACUACAAGUACGAGGGGCACGGCUACGACAAGAAGAAAGUGAAGUACUGCGCGGAGUACGGCAAGAACUGCUACACUGAGCAGAAGUGCGACGACUACUGCAAGAGACAUGACUACAAGUACGAGGGGCACGGCUACGACAAGAAGAAGGUGAAGUACUGCGCGGAGUACGGCAAGCACUGCUACGACGUGCAAGAGUGCAAGUACCACUUCUGCAAGAGCAAGAAGCACCACGGUUGA